AUGGUGUAUCCAGAGUACCUCUUCGACUGCCCAUCGAUCCCCCCCACCCCGGCCCCCGUGCUCUCCGACCAGCAAUGCGCCGAGCUCGACGCAUUCAAAGCUCACUUUGGUCACCGGGGAUACGCAGUGCCCAACUCAAUCGGUGGGAUGACCAAAGCGCCUCUCACUGAGCGUGAGAUGAUGUUCCUUUCUCAAGAGUGUUUCUUCCGCUUCCGCUCCGCCACCAAGGGACCCUUGAAGAAGACGUUCCAAAAGAUGGAAAAGUGCAUCUCAUGGCGACGGAUGGAAGGUCUCGAAGACUUAGAUGCUCGAGCCAGGGAGAUUGAAUUUGAGGGGAGAAUGGGAAAGAACUACUCUUCGGGAUUCCACGCAAGUGGCUUGCCGAUCGGGUACAUGCUACCGGAGAACAACCCUCUUCCAUUCUCACAACGCAACCCCAAGCUUGCAAUGUGGAACCUGGAACGCGUGUCCGACCUCAUGACGGACGGAGUAACGCAAUGUUGCAUCGUCUACAAGUUUGCAGGGAUGCUCCCUACAUCGUACCGGGACGCCAAGGACACGCUCAACAUGAUCACUGACUACUACCCCGAGUACCUGGGCUAUGUUCUACUUCAGGAAACCCCACUGUUGGUGCGACUGUUCAUCCAUCUGGUGUGGCCAUUCGUGGAUGCCCACACUAAGCAGCGGGUUCAGAUUGGAGGGGGUCAAGCGGCGAUUGCAGCUGGUGACUUUGAGCCUCACAUGUUGAUCAAAGAGUGCGGCGGUGGGCUGGACUUGCCGUACAACUUUGAAGAAUACUGGCCCGCACUGCUUGCCAAAUGCAAAGAGCGACGAGAGAUCCAUUUACAAAACUGGCGGACCUUGGGCGAUCCUGUUGUUGGUCGUCCAGAGCGUCUCUUCAAGUUGUCGUAUCCCAUCGGCUCGCAACCGUCUCCUCGAAAGCAACCUCAGACCACCUACGCGACCACUAAAGCCAACGCCAUGCUUGCUCAGCUCAUUGGGACCACGAUAAGCGACGAUGACAGGCCAACGCCGACGCUCAUCAACCAUCCCCUCAUCAGUGGCACCAGUGUCUAUGGUCGCGGUGCCCCCAGGUCGAAGAACAGUGUGCCAAAUGGUCUCGUACACCCGAUUCCUAUAUUGAAGAAACGCGCCGACGCCCAUGGACCAUCGCCCGAUGGGUCUCCCAAGGCAAACGGCCGCGGUGCAAAUGGGAGCACUCCAUCAUCAUCGCCUACGACCCCAAGGUUCCCACUCCAUUCGCCCCAUGCCUCGCCUCGCAGCGUCAACGAUUAUCCGCUGCGCAAUGGGAGCUCUCCUCCAAGCAGUGGCGACUUUCCUUCUCACCUCUACAGUCGACGUGGUCUUAGUAUCGACAGUGGCUCCCCAAAAUCCAUCAACAGUAUGGAUUUGGACGAGGCCUCCACCACUCACAGCAUCACCAGUCUCCGGGCACCGUUUAGACCCCUCCUUGCCAAGGGUCCUGCUGCAACUGAGAACGGCCGUGUCAGGACGUUGACGCAUUCGACUUCAGAAUGGAAGUUGCCCACCAUCCAAGCCCACCGGCUCUCGAGCGGCAGUUUCUAG